GCAUCAUAGUUCUAAUUUCUUUCUCUACUAUGGUGCCAACUAAGGUAGCUGCUGAAAAUUCGCCAUCUCUGGUGCUGCCGCUUGAAGUGGUGGUGAGAGAAUAUGACAAAGAAAGAGAUAAGGCGGCGGUGGAGGAGAUGGAGAGGCGGUGUGAGCUUGGGCAGCGGGGAAAACCUUCUCUAGUCACUGAUCUCAUGGGUGACCCUAUAUGUCGCAUUCGCCAUUUCCCAACACACGUUAUGCUGGUUGCAGAGUAUGGAGAAAAUGAGAUUGUGGGUGUCAUAAGGGGUUGUGUAAAAGAGGCCACAAGAGGAAAUUCAGUUUUUGUAAAGCUGGCUUAUAUUUUGGGACUAAGGGUCUCUCCCACGCACUGGAGGCUAGGCAUUGGCACGAAACUAGUGAGACAUUUAGAAGAAUGGUGCAAGGAAAAGGGAGCCGAGUAUGUAUAUAUGGCCACAGACUGCACCAACGAGGCCUCAAUCAAUCUGUUCACUAUCAAAUGUGCAUACAAAAAGUUUCGUACACCCACCAUUUUGGUCCAACCAGUCCACGCCCACUACAAGCCAAUAUCUUCAUCAGCCAAUACUAAUAUUGCAAUUGUUCAGCUGCCCACAACCCUAGCAGCCUCAAUCUACCGCCAACUCUUUUCCCAAUCAUCAGAAUUCUUCCCCAAAGACAUAGACGCCAUUUUGGCCUGCAACCUCAGCUUGGGUACUUUCAUGGCCCUACCAGUAAAGUCCCUCGCAAAAUGGGACCCACAAAAGUGGACCCUGCCUCCAAACUUCGCCAUCCUUAGUGUUUGGAACACCAAAGAAGUGUUCAGGUUACAAGUGAAGGGAGUUUCAAGCCUAACAUAUGCAUGCUGUGUAGGUACAAGGCUUGUAGAUGCAUGGCUUCCAUGGCUCAGAUUGCCUUCGUUUCCUAAUUUCUUUAAGCAAUUUGGGGUUUAUUUCAUGUAUGGCUUGCACAUGGAAGGGGAGCAUGGAAAUCGGCUGAUGAAGGGUUUAUGCAACUUCGUGCAUAACAUGGCUAGGGAUGAUCGUGGAUGUGCUGCUGUGGUCGCUGAGGUGGGCCAGAGGGACCCAGUUCGAGAGUCGGUCCCACAUUGGAGAAAGUUUUCAUGGGCAGAAGACACGUGGUGUGUCAAGAAGCUUGAUGAAGCAAAGCAAGGAGGAGAGAGAUCAUCAUCAGAUCAGUUUGAUUGGACCAACACUCCAUCUUCUUCUUCGUCGCAUAUUUUUGUUGACCCUCGUGACUUUUAGGCAUGUACUCACUUGUGUCGAGAAGAGAAGGAAAAGAAAAAAACAUGUUCAUAGUUACAUCUUAUAGAAUUGCAAGUGUGUACGUAUAACCCUACAUCCAAGUCAACUGAAAUUACAUGUUCUCAGAAAUAACAAGAAAAAAGAAGCAUGUUACCAAUGAAAAGCAAGAACCUUCUACAAUUUAGGUGACUAUAAACUAAUCAGAAAUAAAGAGAUCAAUUGCGCCAUUCACAUCAUGGGCGCAAUUGCGGUCCCAGAAUCUUUGUUGAACAAAAGCUGGGGCCUUUGACACCUGUUGUGAGGGCCUAAAGCAGAGAUGCGGCUAAAUUCUGGGUAUUAUUUUUCUUGUGAUUUUUUGUUUUAAGUACUUUUAUGUUAAA